AUGGAUAACAUUAAGGAUUUCGCUAACAAGCAAGGUGACCACGGUCAACAAAUGGGCAAGAAAGCCGAGGAGUACGUCAAGAACGCUAAGGACAAGGGCGGUGAGAAAGUCAAGGACGAAGCUCAAAAGUUUGUCAAUGUUAACAAAUAA